CUCUAAAAUUGUUGUUCAAAAAUAGUACAUGCAACUUUUCAAAGAAAAAUCAGUAGAACGGAGCCUAUAAAUUGCAAGUCCACCUUCAUCAUCAAGCCCUCAUAUCAAACACUCAAAACGCGAACGAAAGUUUUCAUCAAUAUAAGAUGAACGACUUACUCUCCGGUGAUAACAACCACCACCACAUCAUCCAGAUGGCGGAAACCUACACCGCGCCGGUGCAAACCCUAGAAAAAUUCUUCCAAGAAGUGGAAUCGCUAAAAGAAGAACUAAAAACGUUAGAAAAACUCCACACAAGCCUCAAAAACUCACACGAAAAGAGCAAAACCCUACACAGCGCACAAGCGGUGAAGGAGCUUCGUUCUGCCAUGGAUUCCGACGUUACUAUCUCUCUGAAGAAAGCGAGACUCAUUAAGGUUCGGUUGGAGUCGCUUGACCGGUCUAACGAAGCAAGCCGGAGUUUGCCGGACUGUGGACCGGGUUCAUCCUCGGAUCGAACACGGUUGGCGGUGGUGAGUGGUUUGAGGAAGAAUUUGAAAGAUUCGAUGGAGAGUUUUAAUGGACUUAGGGAGCAGAUAUCGUCGGAGUAUAGAGAGACGGUGAAACGGAGAUACUUUGCUGUUAAUGAAGAGAAGGCAGAUGAUAAAACCGUUGACCUCCUCAUCUCUACUGGUGAGAGCGAAACAUUUUUACAGAAAGCCAUCCAAAAGCAAGGGAGAGCAACAAUGAUGGAGAAAAUACAGGAGAUUGAGGAGAGACAUGGUGCAGUGAAAGAGAUAGAGAGAAAUCUAAAAGAGCUGCAUCAAGUGUUUCUGGACAUGGCAGUUUUGGUCCAAUCCCAAGGUGAAGAGUUGAAUGACAUUGAGAGCCAAAUGAUGCGAGCAAAUUCGUAUGUUAGAGGAGGAGUACAACAAUUACAUGUUGCUAGGAAAAAUCAAAAGAAUACCCGUGAAUGGACAUGUUUUGCCAUUUUACUACUCCUAAUUAUUGCUUUGGUUAUAAUCCUCCCUAUUGUUUUAAAAAAUAAUUAGUUGAGAUUAAUUAAUUAAUUCUCAAAUGGUGGCUACUGGCUACUGUGAAGGUUGAUUGAUUAUGAAUAAAAAUAUUAAUCAAAACUUGGUAGUCAAGUCAAGCAUCACUUGUACUAGCAUGAGAAAAUGCAUCUUUAUACAGUAGUACAUUAUUAUUUUAUUUUAGUUGUGGAUGUGUUUUUUGUU